CGCAACUUCCAAACGACCCCGUAGUUAAAAACGUGCUUUAAAACUAAAAAAAUUACGAUUUUAUACUUCUUUCUACUUAGAAACACGCUUUUUGACUACAUUGAUCUAAACAACAAAUUACUCACCUACAUCGCCAUUGUCGAAAAUAAUUGGGUUCUCUAGUCACAAGUAUUUUCCCCCGUUUGUUGUUUAGGCAGAAAAGCAAUCGAGGGGUAGGCAGCAGUACAAGUAAAUUACCAAGGCAUUAGAUUUUGACGGCAGUGUUGUGUUGAGAGAUAUGUCGGCCAACUGACGCGAAAAGAAGAACGUGCGGAAGUGAAACGAGAGUAUAUAUAUAUAGCUGUAAACUUGGAAUCAAAAUUGUUGCUUUCCCCGACCCAGCCUACCUAUAUAGCUGUGAAAUCCGCCGCUCUCGCUUCGCUUGUUAUUAAUGCCGACACAUGAUCUCAUCACAUGAGCUGGUAGUAAGUAUUAUGCAAUUGGAGCUAAUUGAUUUGAGACCUCAACCUCAACUUAUUUUGCGUAUAAACUUCACACCUUUGGAAAUUUUCCAUCUUUUUCUGAUGAAUGUAUGCGACCUCUUUACUGUCAAAAAAAGUAUGCGAACUCUUGGUUCACAGACAUCUUGAAGCGAGUUGCCAGGAACCAUUCACAUCCUCAUUUUUCAAAAUCGCAAAGUCCAUAUCCCGAUUUAUAUUGUGCGGAGUUUUGCAGUUCUAUCUCGAUCUUCGCGAUUUAUGGAUCUCGUAUAUCUAAUCGGAUUCUGCAUGGAAUUAAUUUAAAAAUAAAAUUAAUUAUUGAGUUAAACAUCAAAUGUAUCUAAUAAACUAUUAAGUCAAUAAAUAUAAACCACUCCACAAUAUGAAUUCAAGUUAAUCAUUACUACAACAUCCAUUAAUUCAUAUUGCUUCGUGAUUGAAACAUAGAUAAUCAUAGAUAAUCUUACACACUAAAAAAAAAAAAAAAAUUCAACCCGCCUUUUUCACCCCCCCCCCCCCCCCCAAAAAAAAUUGCGGAAGAUAAUAAGAAGCGGGCCGUGAUUCGUUGAACUAUGAUGCAAAGCGGGCCGUUUCGAUGAAUGAGUUUCUGCUUCCAAUUUGGGCCCAAUUUAAAACUUUGUUCUUGAUUAAAAAUAAAAUAUUUCUGGAAAAAUAAGGAGGACUAAAGACAGAGAGAAUCGAGGGGGAGAAGGAAUCGAUCGAGAUCACAGAAGGAAAAACGAUAAGCGUCCCAGUCACCGCCGCAGUUAAUUCCGUCAGCCGUCGGAGCUCGUUGUAUCUGAAGAGAGAGAGAGAUAGAUAUAUCGUUGGAUAGCGAACCAGGUGGAGAAAUAGGGCUGACUCGGUAGACCGGAGCCGCAUCGCGUGGGAGACUGGGAGGAGAGAGCGGGUCGGCGAAACAGAACAGGAUUCCUUUCGUUCCCCGGGGAAUCGAAGCUCUCUCUCUGCGCAACUUCGACGACUUCCCGGUAACGAGCUGAGCUAAAUCUAAGGUAUUUCGCCUCGAGGUCAGAUUAGCUACAUUGCGAAAUGUUUCGACGAUGAGGUCUGAGGCUUUCGUUAUCCGUCUCAGUAUGUGGCCUGGAUCGGGGUUUUGUUGUACUUGGACAUUGUCUUGUGCUUGCAUUGUUGUACAAUUUUCGCCUGCAUAAGUUAAAUGCCUUUCUUGAUUCCUUGUAUAUAUACCUAUAUGCUCUCGUUCUGCAAUAGCUUUGAAUAGUCCUUGCUAUUGCCGCACUUGAUAAUCUUGAGAAUUUGCUGUAUUUAAGUGUGGGUUUUAGCUUGUUUUGUUCAAGGGAUUCCUCUGUCAAUGGUGGCUUUGUAGCAAGGUGUCUAUUUUGCUUUAUGUUCUUCCAUUCCGAUUCAGCAAUGUGUAUAUGUGUUGGAAUCACUGUGUUCGGCACAGCCGGACUCGUUUCUAUUUAAAGCAUGUUUUAUUUUCUUGAUAGAUGCUUUUGCCGCUCAUUUAUACAUGUGAGCAAAGUUUGGGAGGCUGUGUGCAUGAGAUCGGGUUUUUCGUCAAGGAUUUUAGAGGUUGUUUGAGUGGAAAAGGUGAAGUAGGUGCCUGUCAUGGUUUGCUUGUGGUUUGAUGGCUCAUUCUUGGUGACGAUGAAGACACAUCUUGUUUUGUGUUGUACAUGAGAAUCUAGGAUCUGUGCUGCUGUGAAUUGUUGGUUUUCCAUGAGUCAAAUUAUGUAAUUUUCCCAUUCCGGAACUUGUCUUCUUUACCCCUCUAUUGCUGACAAUAGAAGGAUUUAGCAAUGCAUGUCAGUGUUCGUACUUUUAUGGCUUUUGUUUUCUUUUUGCUCGUUACUGCUCAGUAUUUGUGUAAAUCCUCCAAUGGAUGACCCUCACUCAUCAUCCUCCAAUGUUCGUUCUUGUCUUGGUAUUUUUAAUCUUGAAAUAAAUGGUGUUUUAUCUGCUUAUAGGUUAGUUACUAUGUCAUCAAGUGAAAGAUAAUCAGUUAGUCUGCUAAAUUCCUUGUUGCCAGAAAGACUAUUGAUGGUUCCAUGUGCUUCCAUUUUUGUUUUGUAUUCCUAUUUUGGGUAUCUUCAUAGUUUCCCGAAAGAGGUUAUCCUGCUCUGGUGUCGAUCAGAAUUCUGUUUUUUUCUUCUUCUUCUCAUAUGGGCUUUUGCUUUGCUUGGUUCUGUAGAUUGCUGCUGCUAAUGAAAGUAUUGGGUGGGAAGAAGUAUACAAAUGCUCAUAUUUUGCUUAGACAAUAUCUAUUCUUUCCUGACUCUUUGUGUCCUCCUUUGACAUAGGAAUAUUUGGUAGCAUAGGGCCAACAUGGGUGAAUGCAAUUUGGCCUUCAUUUGCCUUUUCUCUUGCCAGUGGCCAAGUUUAUUAUGUGGUGUUUAACUACUACUUAAAAAAAAUGGUUCAUGCGAUUUAGGGUUGGAUGCAAGAAUCUUGGUUAGUUAAUUCUCUAUCCAUUUUUUUUUUGUUCUUGGUAGGUAAUCUAUUUCAACAAGCACCAUGGAAGCUGACUCGCUGGAUUUGCAACCUGAACCCUUACCAUCAUCUAGUGAUCCACUAUCCAACAAGUUUGCCUACCUCAAUGACCUGGCUUAUGAGCUGGCAUCGCUCCAAGACCUUUCCAACCGCGGUUCUUGGCGGUCAAUUCUCGAUAAGGUUGCUCGAGCACGGUCUCUCUCCCUUCUCAUAACGCCUCACGACCACCUCACGUAUUUGGCUUAUAACGUCCUUGCUUUCACUAAGCUUCGACGUUUCAAGGAAGCUCUGACAGAACUUGAAACGGUUGAUGAUUUCGAUAGUCACCACUACCAGUAUGAAACUUACCCCAAAAUCUACCCGGACCGGUCAGGUUCCAUGGUUCCUUUCUCCCUCAGGUGGCUUUACGCAUUGGUUCCUAUAAAAUUGGGUGACAGACAAGAGGGAUUGGACCGGCUGUACCUUCUGCUCGACUUUGUUCGAGUUAAGAUGAAGGAAAAGGAGGAGGCAGCCGCUUCACUCGAGGUCUGGAGCAAGAGAGAGGUCUUUGUUGUGAACAACAUUGUUACAGAGCACUUGAAAGGUAAAGAGCAUGGGGUGUGUUUGGAUUUGAUAAAGUGUCUGCUUGCUCGGGGGAACUCGGACCCGCAUUUGUUGUCGAAAUUAGGGUACAUACAGAUGCAAAUCGGGGACCUAGAGGGCGCUAAGUGCUCGUUCGCAGAUGUGGAGAAACAGAAAUCGUUGAAUGAGGCAGAAUUGACGAAUAUGGUAAGCAGGAACAAGGCUUUGAUGUACUUAGUGGAGAAGGAUUAUGUCUCUGCUGUGAGGGAGUACGACGAAUGCAUCGAGCGGGAUGCUAUGGAUGCUGUGGCGAUCAACAACAAAGCGAUUUGCUUGAUGUACUUGAGGGACUUAUCGGAUUCAAUAAAGGUGCUGGAGAGUUCGCUCGAGAGGGUGCCCACGGUGGCACUGAAUGAGACCCUCGUGGUGAACCUGUGCAGCAUGUACGAGUUGGCUUACGUUAAUCACUCCGAUAUCAAGAGAACGUUGAACAAUUGGAUUUCGAAAGUUGCCCCUGACGAUUUCGAUUCCUCUUGUACUAGGAUUUGAGGUGCUUCCCGUUUCUCCGCUGCUUGUGCCCUCCUUUCCGGUGUUAUCGAUUGUGUUCUUUCGAACUUGCUUUUGGGUACUACAGGAGCCAGGAGGUAAAUUGUCUUUUUAUUUGGUCGACAUGAUUGUAAAGCUCUGGUCUGACUUCGUUUUAUCAGGUAGUGCUGCGACAUUCUGUAAAUUCUUCAAAAGAUGUUACCACAUUGAGGUAGAUGCCCAGUGCCCAGAUUUGUAGCGAAACCUCGCAGCAUAACGUGAGAAGCAUCUCACGAAUUGAAUGUGCAUCAAUACAAUGACUUGCACAAUCAGAUCGUUUCAAGUUUGUGGCGACGAGCAUUUUUCCUUCUUACAGAAGCGUAUAUAGCUAGACUCUGAUAUGGUAUAAGAGGAAGGCAAUAGGCCGGUGAAGACACUUUGCAAAUAGGGAUGAAAACAAAAGCCGAACCCACGGGUACCCACUCGAUUCAAUCCGGUUGACGCGGGUAAAAUUCGUGUUGACGGAUUUUGGGCUGGGUUUGGAUUUAAACCCGUUCACUAUUUACAGGACUGGGUUGAGUUUGGCUUUAGAAAAACCCGGCCCAUGGGUAUCCGCCCACACCCAUAUGAUUAAUUUUCUCGGCAUAUUUAAUAUUCUAAACAACUAAUCUUAUUUAUCUUUGUGAAGACAUAUCUAAUUUUUUCUUUCUAGUUAUGUAAAAUGAAGUUGAUGUAAUCGAGUGGAGAGUGAAAAACUUAAUUGAAAGGAAGAAUUUGUGAUUUGCUUUCAAUUAAUCAUGUUAUUUAUGGAUAAUUUGUGAUUUGCUUCAAUUUUCUUGAGUUUUCUAGAUUGGUGUUGAACAAUUUGUAUAGUUAAUUUGUGUUUUACUUGAAUUUUCUAUAAUGGUGUUUUAUAUAUGGAUAAUUUGUAUUGAGAGAUUGAUAUUUGACUUUAAUUUGGUAAGAAUUUGUUAUUGUGAAUUUUUUACGACAAAAACCCGUGGGUACCCAUGAACCAGCGAAUACCCAGCGGGUUGGGUUGGGUUUGAGUUUUUCAAACCCAUUGGAUUUUGCCCCGGAUUUUUUUUCACGGAUAAACCCAUGGAUUUGGGUUUGGGUUUGGCAAAACCCGACCCAACCCGACCUAUUGCCAUCCUUGUUUGCAAACUAUUUGAUGACGUGAACUUUUUAUAUAAGGUGAAAUAUAUAUAUUAUUUAACAAUCCUAUAAUCAAAGAUCAAUUUGCUUAUAAGUUGGUAAUCUAGUUGGCUCUUUUGCUUAUAAGUUGGCAAUCUAGUUGGCUCUCUAACUAUAAUGUUGAGAGUUGAUACAUCUCAUGUGCUCUAAAUGUGUUUGCUUAGGAAUUAAACUCAACAAGCCACUGAGCCGAGCUAGUUCAUGAGCUUCGCAAGUUACAGACGAAGUAGCUCAAACUCGACUCGUUAGUAAACUAAUCCAAUUUCAAAUGCAUUUUCCCGAAUUGAAUGUCGAGCCGCUUGCGAGCAUCUAGGUUCAUUUGUAGCGCUAGACACAACCCGUUCCAUUAUUUGUAUACUCUUAUUUUUCUAUAAUUCUUAUUACUGCUUUAAAAUUUAAAUCUUAUAAUCUUUGGGAAAUAAAGCAAGACUGGCCGACACGACAACUCACAUGCUCUUCAGUCUUCACAGAGAAAACCAAAAGAAAAAUCAGAAAAGGCGGGAAAUACAAGGCAUGGUUCUGG